AUGGAGCAUCGCAGUCUCUCGGAGUAUGAAAGUUAUGCCUUGUCCGGUGCCUGCGAAGUAAAAUGAGUCCUAUGGUUAGUUUUGGUGGAAGAAGAUUCUGAGAGAAGAAAAAUGCAGGGAGCAUCUACAGGCAUUGGCUAUGGUCUCAAAUACCAGGCAAGAUGCAUUGCAGAUGUCAAAGCAGAUUCAGAUCACACCAGCUUCCUCGCUGGCACUCUUAGCCUCAAGGAAGAAAACGAAGUCCAUCUGAUCCGGCUUUCAUCGCCUGGAACGGAACUCAUCUGCGAGGGCUUGUUCUAUCAUCCCAAUGAGAUCUGGGAUCUAUCCUCUUGUCCCUUCAAUCCCCGCAUUUUCUCCACCGUCUUUGCUUCCGGCGAAACAUAUGGAGCUGCUAUAUGGGAGAUCCCUGAAUUAUCUGGCCAAUCGAAUGCCCCACAACUGGAACAGCUUCUCUCACUUGAUGCUCACACAUGCAAGAUCAAAUGCAUUCUUUGGUGGCCGUCUGGUAAGCAUGACAAACUGAUCAGCAUUGAUGAGGAAAAUCUUUUCGUGUGGAGCUUAGAUUCUUCAGCUAAGACAGCAAAGGUACAAUCUCAGGAAUCUGUUGGUAUGUUGCAAUGCUUAUCUGGUGGAGCAUGGGAUCCACAUGAUGAGAAUGUUGUCGCAGGAAUAUGUGACUCACUAAUUCAAUGCUGGGAUCUCCGUACAAUGAAGAAGACAAAUACAAUUGAGCACGCCCAUGCUCGUAAUAUUGAUUAUAAUCCCAAGAAACAACACCUACUUGUCAGUGCAGAAGAUGAAUCUGGGAUACACAUAUGGGAUCUGAGAAUGCCCAAGCUUCCUAUCCGAGAACUCCCUGGGCAUGCACAUUGGACUUGGGCUGUGCAGCAUAACCCUGAGUAUCAUGAGCUGAUUUUGAGUGGGGGAACAGACUCAACCGUCAACUUGUGGUUUGCUUCUGCCUCUAGCAAAGAUGAUACUACGCCUGAAAGCAGUCUGGUGGAGUCACCUACUCGGCGGGUAGAUCCAUUACUCAACUCCUACAAUGACUAUGAGGACAGCGUAUAUGGUCUUGCAUGGAGCUCUCGGGAGCCAUGGAUUUUUGCGUCCUUGUCUUAUGAUGGGAGGGUGGUGGUUGAAUCAGUAAAGCCAUUUCUCCCGAAGAAGUGAAAACUAACCUCGUGGUGAUUGCGAGUUCAGGUGCCAUUCUGUAUUGUCUGUUUAAAUUAUUGUGUUCAUCCCUUUCAUGUCUGAAUCAUGUGAAACAUGCAUGAGUAGAUAUUGAAUCUGCUGCCGGUUUUGCAUCCUUUCCUCAUGGUCCCAAGGCAUUGUGCAUUAUUUGUUUUAGAAGUUCUUGUGUUGUUGUUGUUGUUGUUUUUUAUUUUUAUUUUAUUAUUGAACUCAUAUAAAGGUGUUGAAGAGCCUCAAUCAUAUCCAACAUGUUCUUGGCAUGUAAUUGUUUAUAGACUGAAGAUAGACUUCUCUAACCAUGUUCCUAACCUGGAUUUGGUUGAGACGAAGGAGCUUUUCGU